AUGUGGAACGAUCCGACACAACGCAAAGAACUUCAAAAAAUGUUUUUGGAACAUGGCUCAUUCGGCGACCUUGAAAUUGCCAUCAAGAAGAAAACUCUCUCGAGUCACGCGCAGUCAAAGAAGGGGGGGUGGUACACCAAGAGCAAGCUUGAGCUUGUGGAAGGUUGGACAAAGAAGAUGAUCGAGCGAGCAUGGGCGUGGGCCAAAACCAACAAACGUUGGAGGGUCAACGACGUACAUGGAGAAGAAGAAAUUUACAUUUUGGUGAGUGAGACAUUUGAUUUCACUAACACGCAAUCGGAAGAGACGGAGCAAUGCGGCAACAUUUCAGUUCAGGAUGAGAGCGGUUCCCUCUUCAACACGGACCUCCCCGAUUUCAACAGCGGAGCGGCCUCGGCUGGCAACGGCGGUGAUCCCACAUCCUCAGGCGGUCAGGAUGUGGUUGGGGCCACGACUGGUGUGAUGAGCUUCAAGCUUUGCUUCCCGAGCAUUUCAGCUACCACUUCCCCUCUGCAGAUUUUGCCACAAUUUGUAGAAGUUCUCGGGCGCAAAAUCGACAAGAUUGGUUCUGAGCAGGACAGCUUAACUUAA